UACUUUUUUGGUCGGCGGCUCCGAGGCAGCGGUCAGGGAGCGGAACGCGUCGUCUGGGCCAGCAGGCGAGGCUAAUUAGCUACAACAGGCAACGCACCUGCAGUAAUAAUCCGCAACGAAUGCGAGGUGUGCACAUGCACUGAGCAAAAUGCGGGCUGGUGGGUUACGCGAAGCAUCUAGAUCAUGUUCCCCCUGAGGGCGCGGUGAUGCCGACCCCCCAGAAUGAUAUUGCAACCGCGUGCGGCUCCCGCAUUGUUUCACAUGGGCCUGCAGGCGAGAGAAUGGUGCCUGCGGCAUGCACGAAAGGCUGCUGCUGCUGCCUGCCACCCGGGAGGCAGCCAGCAGAAAGAGCGAGGCACGUCUUAUUCACAGAAGGGGCGGUGCCCUCGCUGCGACACGGUCGGGAAGUGGGGCGCCCGUGACAAGCUGGAGGGAUACCCCUCGGUCGUGAAGGAUGGCCUGGAACGCUACCCGCAUGGCAGCAGCGGAAGUAUAAUCAGAAGAGGCUGCACAACACUUUGUAUGCCGAUGUCUGCACCUUGAGGGAAGCGAAGCGAUCGCACUGCUUGCUGCGAGAACCGGGUGCUUGAAGGCGGCCUCAGGGAGCGGACCACGAUGGUGCUUUCAAAUCGCUCCAGUCGGCAGCAGCGUCCCUUCUACGGCGGCUCGCAGAGAAAUCCAGAGACCCUGCUGGCGUGUGCAAAGGCCUUUCAUCAUAUUUCGGCGGUGGACCAACCUGCCUUCGGUAAACCUCCCCUUAAUGAAAAGGGCCUGGGACCAAAACCGUCGGACCUGGACACGCAAAAGUGACGGCCGCGACGCCCUCUCGCGAACCGAAAACGGCCAAUUCCUUCAUCGACGUGUCAGGGUAGGUCUGUCCACCCUCGAAUAUUACGGCAGAUUCGCGUCGUGACG